AUGGAGAGCCAAGGGACCUCAAGUAGCAGCGGCAAGCGAGGACGAGAAGACUCGAUGACAGCAUCAGGGGUGGAGGCCUCAACAGGCCAUCUUGGAACCUUGAAUGGGGUCCUCAUCCCCACUUGUGAGAAUAUGUGGGGUGUUCUCAUCUUUCUGCGCUUCUACGCGGUGGUGGGGAAUGCUGGGGUUUGGCAGUCAUUCACAAUAGUCCUGGUUUCCUUUCUCUGCUCGCUGCUGACAACACUAUCAUUGAGCGCAGUGGCCACGAAUGGAAAAGCGGAAGAAGGUGGCACCUACUACCUUAUCAGUCGAGCGCUGGGCCCUCGAAUAGGCGGAGCAGUCGGUUGCAUGUACUACCUUGGAGUUGCCCUCUUGGCAGUCCUUGAGACGCUUGGCGCAAUAGAGAUGCUUCUCUUCACAUUCCCCAGCCUCCAUAUAACCGCGGCUACUCGAAUCCUGAGCGCCAUCCUGCUCAUCGCUUUGGGGAUCCUGGUCUUCUGUGGCAUCAAGUUUGUAAGCCGGCUGGGUGUCGUCUUUUUCGGCGUCUGCUUGUACACAAUGGCCAGCUUCUACAUUGGACUUGCACUAGCUCCCAAGCACAACCUCCCGGCGGAGGUCACUGGCCUCUCGUUUUCAACUCUUAGGAGCAACUGGGACCCUGGCUAUGCGCAUGGCAUGGACUACUCUGCGGCUCUCAGUAUCUUCUUUCCAUGCUUCACUGGCAUCCUGUCCGGAGCCGACAGAGCCAGUUCUCUUCGGAAUCCUGCAAGAAGCAUUCCCAUUGGAACUCUCGGGGCCAUUUGCGUCAGUCUGGUAAUCUAUCUGUCCUACUUUGGUCUUUGGGGCGCCGUCGCUCUCCGGCCGUACUUGCGGGGCGACCUCUCGACUGGAGGCGGCGGGCAUGGCGACGCGUCCAUCGUCGCCGACAUCGUGUGGCCCUCUGCCAUCGUCACGCAGCUGGGCAUCAUCAUUGCGUCCAUCAGUCAAGCGCUACAGUGCCUCGUGACGGCCCCUCGGCUGAUCCAGGCCAUCUCCGCAGACGGCGUAGUCCCGUUCCUGGCCCCGCUGGCCCGCCUCCGCAACAACGAACCGCAGCGCGCCCUGAUCUUCACGGUCAUCUUCUGCGUGUGCGCCUCCAUGAUCGGCAGCCUGGACCUGGUGGCGCCCCUCACCUCCGUCUGCUUCCUCACCUGCUACGCCGCGCUCAACCUGUCGUGCCUCCUUUUCACGGUCCUCAAAGCCCCCAGCUGGCGCCCCUCGUGGCGGUACUACAGCUGGGCGACGGCGCUGGCGGGCUUCCUGGGCUGCUUCGCGCUCAUGUUCGCCAUCGUGUGGUACUGGGCGCUGGCCGCCAUCUUCCUGGCGGCGCUGCUGUACAUCUACAUCGACUACCGCCAGGUGCAGGUCGACUGGGGCACCGGCCUGGGGGGGCUCCGCCUGCAGCUCGCCGUGCAGGCCAUCCUCAGCGCCGGCCGGGAGAGCAAGUUUUCGGUCAACUGGCGGCCACAGCUGCUGGUGUUGGCGAAGCCGCAGAAGCAGUGGGACGACGAAGGCAGCCGCAACACUGACAACGAGAUACUGUCGUUCGCGUCGCAGCUCAAAAAGGGUAAGGGCCUUUGCGUCGUGAACGUCAUCCUAGAGGGAAAGCUCUCGGAGUUGGCGGCCGAAGCACGACAAGAGCAGGAGGACCUAGAAGCUCGCAUGGAGCAUGAGAAGGUAGCUGGCUUUGCGCGCGCGCUGGUGGCGGCAUCCUACCGACAGGGGAAGACGUGUGCCAUUCAGACUGGAGGCCUGGGCAGCCUGGAACCCAACACGCUGCUGCUGGGAUGGCCCGACAAGUGGCAGGAAACAGGCCACCGCGACUCGGGGGAGAUCUUCUUGGAGACGUUGGCGGAAUGCACCGCGACCGCGAAGGCGGCCCUCAUCUGCAUGCACAUCCAGAACUUCCCGCGCGCGAAUGAGAAGCAGCACGGCUUCAUCGACGUCUGGUGGAUCGUGCACGACGGCGGUCUGCUCCUGCUGCUGGCGCACCUGCUUUCUCAGCACCGUAUCUGGAGAUCCUGCAAGUUGCGCGUUCACACCGUGGCCGAGCAGCUCGACAACUCGGUGGCGGUCAAAGCCAACCUGCAGGCGCUGCUACAGCAGGUGCGCAUCGAGGCCGAGGUCGAGGUCGUCGAGAUGGCGGACGAGGACCUGGCGCCGUACACGUACGAUUACACGCUCCGCCUCGAGGAGGCGCAGGCGCACCUGGAAGGCCUCGCCGCGCAGCGCAAGGACAAGCCCGCGGGCCUGGAGAAGACCAGCUCAUUCGCCGGGUCGUUUGCCCGGCGCCCCGAGGCGUACCUCAAGCUUGGCAAAGCAGACGAUGGGAUCGGGUCGUUGCAGGGCGGGGUGACGCCCCGGGCAGCCAGCAUGCGGGCCAAGAGCGGACCGCUGCCGCGGUCCUUUCCGCAGGAGCUGCACAUGGUUGAUGGCGCGGCGCACGUGUCGCGGCAGGCCAGCCUGCGGCGCAGCGGUGAACUGGUGCUCACCAUCGACGACAUCCAAGCCGGGAAGCCAGGGCAUUCCGUCCACAACCGGCGGUCCAGCACCGGGAGCAGCGGCGACGACGAGUUGCCCCGCCCAGAGGACCCGGGGAGGAGGCGGAGCGUCGUGGAAGGCGUCCCGGUCCUGCGCGCUCUCGGCAGCGCGGCCGGCCGCGAGAGCUUCCGCAACAGCGGCCAGCUGGACGCCGUGCUCGGGGCGCCCAACCGGGGCGGCGCCACGCCGCGCGCGCGGCGCGCGGAGUCGAUGACGGCGCUGCAGAUGGCCGGGUUUGGGCAGGUGGAGAGCCGCCGCGCGUCGCGCUUUGGGGAGGGUUUGGGGGAAGGCGAGGGCGCGGGCGCGGGGCCGGUGUCGAACGGCUCGUUCACGGCCGGGGCGUCGAUGCGGGAUGGGAAGCAGACGCGGUUUGCGGACGAGAUCGCGAAAUUGGGGCCCCCGGAAUGGGAAGACAAGCAAGUGGAGAUGACGGGGACCACCCUGGCUGCGGAGUCGGUGAAGCAGGCGCUCCGCGAGAUGCAGGCGGCGGCGCGCGAGCGGCCGAACCCCCUCGAGCGGACCUGGGAUACGUUCACGCAAGCACACACGCCCAAGAGGCUGAAUGACCUGAUUCGUGAGAAGUCGGAGAGCGCUCGACUGGUGUUGAUCAACCUGCCUGAUCCGCACAUGAAGAUGGAUCCCGACCAAUACAUGGGCUAUUGCGAAGAGUUGACUGCUGGAAUUAGCAGGGUUCUGCUUGUUCACGGCACGGGCAAAGAAGUUUGGAGCUCUGCUCCCAUGACCAAGGUGACCAAGUAACGUAGAAGAAUUGCGAGAGAUGUUGCUACAGCAGCUUGCAAGGUAAACGAAACAAGUCGGAAUAGAUGCAGCAACAUUGCUAGACGGCAAAGUGGUAGUUCGAUGCAGGCUCUUUGAGGCUUGAUAUUCAAGAUUGACUGCCCGGAGCGGAAUCUUUCGAGCACGCGAGAUCAGGCGGGG